AUGGGCUUAUUUCUUUUGCCGCAUGCCUUAAUACAUGCCUUAUUGGAUAGCAGUACUAAAGACGUCAAUGAAAUUCGCCAGGAAAUCUUGACAGUCAUGGAAGAUGUUAAUAAGGAAUCUGUACAUGAUGCUUCUGAUUUCAGUCAGAUAUGUGCCCAGGCUAUUUUUUCGGCAUUGGAUCAUUUAACUCAUUGGACGUUCCGUCAAAUUAGAAAAGCGGCUCUGGCUGCUAAGAAUAAGAAAGAGAAAGAUGAUUGUAUGGAAUCAACUGCCUUACCGGUAGUUAACCACGAAGAUGUUUCUAAUUUCUUGAAAUCUAUACCACAGGAUAUUCUUGCAAAUGCUUCUUACAAGUGUCGAGCCAAUGCUAGAGCAUUGAUGCAUUUCGAAACGUUUGCCCGUAAUAAUCCUGAUGAUUUACAGAGAAACUUACGUUUUCUGCAGGAGAUAUACGUCGCUCUGGAUGAGCCGGAUGGUGUCGCAGGCGUUGCGGCUGUCAGCGAUGAUAGGAAUUCAUUUAACAAGCAGGUUCUGGAGUUUGAAAGCAUAGGUAAUCUUCGUGAUGCGUCUGCUUGUUAUGAGUGUGCGAUACAACUUGAACCUAAUGAACUAAACCACCAUAAGGGGCUAUUACAAUGUUUGAUGGGCCUAGGACAACUAAGUACAGCUUUAGCUCACGUCAAUGGAGUAAUAUCGCAACAGGAGACCUGGGUUUCGGCUUUAAAUACUUAUAGGGUAGAAGCAUCGUGGCGAUUGGCAAAUUGGGAUUGCUUACAAGAUUAUUUAGGGUAUGUUGAGCUAUAUCGUCAUUACUGGUUCUCUUUAGCUCUAUUUUACUUAGUAAAAAAUGAACAUUUUAUCGCUUCUGUCAGUAGCGAUCAAGAUUCUAAUGAUUGGAACGUAGGCCUCGGGCGUUUGCUACUAAACGCUCGUGAUCGCAAUCACGAAGAAUUUGGAAAACAACUAAAAAUUGUUCGUAAAGGAUUAAUGGAAUCAUUUUCAGCUUCUAUUAUGGAAUCUGGAUCAUUGCAACAGGGUUAUGAUAGUCUUGUCCGGCUACACAUGCUGCAUGAAGUAGAAGAUUGUGUUCGACUUUUCCUUGGUAUUUCGAUAUCCAAUUUUCGUAAGAUAGAUGAGCAAGUGUUAUUGACUAAUUGGAACUCACGGUUACAAAUUACGCAACACUCAUUUAAAAUUCGUGAACCUCUCCUUAAUCUGCGACGUGUGCUGCUAGGAUUUGGGAAUAGUUCUCAGCAAUUGAAGGAACAGCAGGGAAGUUGCUGGUUACUAAGUGCUAAAGAGGCGAGAAAGGCUGGCUAUAUACAAACUGCUUUUAGUUCUUUACUAAAUCCUUGUUCCUUCAAUCUUUCUGGUUAUCAUAUUGAAAAAGCAAAGUUAUUAUGGAAACAGGGUGGAUGCAGCCAGGCGUUAAAAUGCUUAAAGGAUGCUUUUAGUGAUAAAAAUAUUAGAAUUAAUGAGGGUGGGAUGAUUGACUGGGGAGAUAAGGAUGGUAGCUUUCCAUCUGAAGAGAAAGUAGGCCAUGCUAAAGCAUUGUUAUUAGUGGCGCGAUGGACUGAAGAUACUAGCCAUAGCAAUAGCCAUGCUGUCUUGAAGCAAUAUAAGAAUAUUACGGAAAUACGUAACCAAUGGGAGUUAGGCCAUUUCUACUUAGCAAAAUAUUAUGAUCGUUUUAUGAAAUAUGUACCAGACAAUAAACCUGCUAGAAUGUUAGAAUUUAUACCACAUGUUAUCAAACAUUACGCUUUGUCUCUGCAAUUUGGAAACAAAUUCAUUUACGAAUCCAUGCCUCGAUUACUAACAUUAUGGCUAGAUAUUGGAUCAAAAUUUUCGGUUAAUAGAGUUAAGAGUAUCGACAAGACUUUCCUUGCGGUUUUAUCAGAUGUUAAUAAGAUAAUUUCGGAUUCUAUCGAAAAGCUACCACCUUAUAAAUUUUUUACAGCCUUUUCUCAGCUUAUUUCGCGAAUCUGUCACCCGAAUGCUUCUAUUUUUGAUAUACUUGAGAAAAUUAUUGCUAAGUUAAUGGUUGAAUACCCUCAGCAAUCUAUUUGGUUAAUGGCUGCUGUUUCCAAGUCAUCUUAUUCAGUUCGCAGAAGUCGAUGUCAUGAAAUUUUUGCAAAAGCUAAAAGCAACUGUGCUGAAUUAGAGAAAUUUAUCAAUGACGCAACAUGCUUGUUUGAUAGAUUACUUGAUGUUUGCAAUAUGCCAGUUAGUAGAAAUUGUACAACUAUAAGUUUAAGUGAAAAUUGCCGUUCACUUGUACGACUAACUAAUGAUCCAUCAUUCAGCGCUAUCAUCUGUCCUUUACAAUCUUCCAUGACAGCUAUUUUAUCAUCUAAGAUUGAUAGCCAAACUGGUCCAUUCCCAGAUAACCUACCAACUAUCGUUAGAUUUAAAGAUAAGAUUGAUGUUUUAAUGUCUCUUCAAAAGCCUAAGAAAAUUGUUAUUCGCGGUAGCGAUGGAAAAGAAUAUAUGAUGAUGUGUAAACCUAAGGAUGAUCUGCGAAAAGACAGUCGCCUUAUGGAAUUCAAUUCGCUUAUUAAUAAGGCUGUCGUACCUCUUAACGAGGAAUGUGGCAUUCUAGAAUGGGUUAACAAUACGGCAGGAUUAAGGCACAUACUUCUGCAGCUGUACAAGGAGAAAGGCAUUUUAUGUACUGGCAGAGAAUUAAAGAAUUUAGAUGCAAACGCGGAUAAAUAUGGGUAUCAAAGUCGCUUAGCGUAUGCCAGAACAGUUGCUGUCAUGUCUGUGGUUGGCUAUGUGUUAGGACUUGGAGAUAGGCAUGGAGAAAAUAUUCUGUUUGAUUCUACAAGCGGCGAUGCAGUUCAUGUUGAUUUUAGUUGCUUGUUUAAUAAGGGCAAAACCUUUGAUUGUCCAGAAGUGGUGCCGUUUAGGCUGACUCAUAAUAUGAUCGACGCUAUGGGCCCUACUGGCUAUGAAGGUAUCUAUAGACGAGCUUGUGAAGUUACAAUGAGGGUUAUGAGAAAUCAGUGUGAUCCAUUAAUGACUGUUUUGAAGACAUUUGUACAUGAUCCGUUGGUCGAAUGGGGAAAAAUUAGGAGAAACGAUUCAAAUAGAGAUCAUGCAGAAAUAACAAAUGAAUUGGCUUUAAAAAUAGUAAAAGAUGUUGAAGAUAGACUAAAGGGGAAUACAAGUAAAAGUAAGGGGCCAGCGUUAUCAGUAGAAGGGCAAGUUCAUGAAUUAGUAAAGGAAGCCACAGAUGUAAACAAUUUAAGUCAGAUGUAUAUUGGCUGGGCGGCUUAUAUGUAA